GACCGGAGACCUCCCGAAUAUUUUGCGGCCUGAGGAUCCGGCUCAACUGAGGUGCCAUAGGGCGUGUGCCUGUUUUGGCAUUGCACCAAGGAUCCUCCCCGAAUUUUCCAGUUUCAAAGCUGCUGGACAGCCAAUUUUGCAUUGCAUGCCUGAACUGCUUGUAGCCUGAAAUUCCCCUACUCAGGGAGUGUGCUCCAGGUUGAAACUGCACAAAGCAGAACCCAAGUUUGCAUUACACUGGGAAGAGAACUUGGACCAGUUGUACAUGACCUAGGAGUGGGAAAAGUGAUGAAUUCCUGAAGUGGAAGGCGUGGUGCAAAGGAGCACCGCCCAUGCUGCCUUGCUUCCAGCUGCUGCGCAUAGGGGGCAGCGAUCUCUACACCUUCCACCCUCCCACCGGAGCUGGCUGCACCUAUCGCUUGGGCCGCAGGGCCGACCUGUGUGAUGUGGCCCUGCGGCCCCAGCGAGAGCCUGGCCUCAUCUCUGGGGUGCACGCCGAGCUGCACGCUGAACGCCAGGGUGAUGACUGGAGGGUCAGCCUGGAGGACCACAGCAGCCAAGGGACCUUAGUCAAUAACGUCCGACUCCCAAGGGGUCAUAGGCUGGAGUUGAGUGAUGGUGACCUCCUAACCUUUGGCCCUGAAGGGCCCCCAGGAACCAGCCCCUCCGAGUUCUACUUCAUGUUCCAACAAGUUCGAGUCAAACCUCAGGACUUUGCGGCCAUUACCAUCCCGCUGUCUCGGGGAGAGGCAGGGGGCGGGGGUGGGUUCCAGCCCAUGCUGCCCUCUCAGGGGGCUCCACAGCGGCCCCUCAGCACCCUCUCCCUUGCCCCAAAGGCCACACUGAUCCUCAACUCCAUCGGCAGCCUCAGCAAGCUCCGGCCCCAGCCUCUCACCUUCUCCCGGGGUGGGAAUGGGCCCCAGAGCCUACCCCCUCCCACUCCCUCUGGGGAAGUGGGGACCACCCCUUCUGCCCCACCCCCAGCCCCUAGAAACCGGAGAAAAUCAGCUCACCGAGUGUUGGCAGAACUGGACGAUGACGAGAGAGGGCCUCCUGAGAGCCCCUCACCAGUCCUCGUGGAGCCCAGGAAGAAACAACGAGGAGAGAAAGCCCCACUGACACCCAGCGGAAACCGUCGUGGGCGUCCUCGGAAGCACCCAGUGAGCGCCCACAUGGCCCCCCCUGCAGCUGGGGGUGGGGAACCCUGUGCAGCUCCCCACUGCUGCCUGCCCCAAGAAGAGACAGUGGCCUGGGUUCAGUGUGAUGGUUGUGACACCUGGUUCCAUGUGGCCUGUGUUGGCUGUAGCAUCCAGGUUGCCAGGGAGGCAGAUUUCCGAUGCCCAGGGUGCCGUGUUGGCAUCCAGGCCUAAGGCCCAACAUCCAGAGGACAGAGCUGGGGCCUCCAGGCCAGGCGUGUAAACAGUGGUGUGCAAAUGGAUCCUAAGAAAUGCCCCUUCUUCCCUUCCCUCCCCAGGAGGGAAUGACACCAGGGAAGGGCCCAUUGCCAUGGAUACUGAUUCAGGGACUGGAGCAGGCGCUCAUGGCCAAAGGUGACAGAAGAAAUGUUCCCUGCCAGAGAUACUGCCUCCAAGAAGUUGUAGCCUGGGAAUUGGAAAUUCCCAUUGAUACAGGCUGUAGAGCUUGUUCCCAUGGACAGAAGAAGGUCUGGGACCAGAGCAUCCAUCAAUUGCAAAGGCCAUGCCUAGGAAGAUGUGUCAUGUGCCCCAGAUUUGGACAAGUGGGUUUCUUAAUGUCCUUUGAUGGCAUCACCUGAGGGAUUCUGGAAAACCUGGCCCUAAAAUCUGCCUAUAUUAUGGCUAGUUCUGCCUGUGGCCGUGAUCAUCAUGACCUGGCUUGAGACAUUUUGGACUUUCUGCUUCUAUUUCCAAAUAAACAAUUUCACCCGUGUCUGGCUCUUUAGUCUUCUUGAAUCGCUGCCAUUAAAGUAAAGUAGUUGAGAUUUGGUUAACUUCAUGAGGAUGGCAAAACUGUUACUGGUUUCACUAGCACUACCAGGAAAAGAGAACGCUAAAGUAGGUGCUGACCUGCUUUAGUGUGGACCAAGCUCCUAA